CGUCAUGUCAUAUCAACCCACAAGUUUUUGAGGCUGGAGCUCAUAGCAGCGAUGACACACAGGUACGGUGAGCAUGUAAAUGAUUCCAAACCUUAAUACACUAAGUUAGAAAUAUUGACCUAACUAAAAUCCACAUUUGAAGUAAAUAAUAACCACAAACUUUAAGUGUUUUUCAAUUAUAGCAUGAGGGAGUUCGGUCUUCUUUCGACGCAAUGCACAAGUCACACAUCAUCAGUACAUUAUCAUAAUGGGACAUAUUCACGAUUUACUUUAAUCGAGAAAAAGGGCGUUAUUUAAUGUGAGAGUAGCUAAAGAAAAUAAACAGUUAAAGGAAGUUUACGAUGCUGUUGUGCGUGGGAUGGACCAAAAUGCGGUCGAAAGAAUGUGCUUUGAGCACGAAAUACCCACACGUUAUUCAGAAGUGCGAUAGUAAGCCUUAUCUUGUAUAAUAUCAUGUGUUUAUGUUUCUGGACUUUAUAUAAUCGUGUCAGAUGAGUUCCGUUCUGAUGUCUCCUUAAAAUGGAAACCCAGCUGACAAGCCAAGCCCUGGAAUGCUGCGAUAAGUAACUCGUUCAACGAUCUCCACGCCUUAGUUUAAACUCACAUCAGUUACAAGCAGUUCAACCAAGCACAGCAGUCAGCCAUGGACACUACUAUAGCGGCUAAACCUGACAAUACUCAAGGAAAAAAGAAAACAAGGAGGCGAGGACCUCGUUUGACCGGAGUCAGUCGACAAAGACGAAUGGCUAACGCACGUGAGAGGAGCCGCGUGCAAACCCUUAAUGCACACAUUGAGAGGUUGAGGGAUCUAAUUCCACUUUUUCCUGGGGAGAAGAAACCCUCCAAAACGGAGACCAUCAGACUGGCAGCAGUAUACAUUUCCUGUCUGACUGAGAUUCUCGAGAACACACCGGAAGGUUUGGAAAGAAUUAACCCAGACGAGCUACUUCCAAGCCUUCCAGGAUUUGAAGAUGGUUGGAGUCUCUCUGCAAAUCUUCCACGAUUCUGCUUUGACUCGUUCUCUGAUAAUGAAGGUACAUAUGCACCUUGAAGUUUUCACUCAAUUAUUUGUGACGGGGGCCGGGGAUAAGUGUCAUCAGCUCGAAAAUCUGGGAGGUCUGAUAGUUUUACAGUUCUCGUCCGUCAUUUUCAAAAAUCGUGACGGAGUGUAAAUUGUUGUUGAACUUUUUUUCCAAAUUUUCAAUGCAAAUAUUUAUGAAUCCGUGAGUUCGGGAAUUGAAUGAUGUGUACAAAGAUAACAGUAGUCCGUUUUGAAACAUGUUUACUAACAAUAAUUCGGUUUUCAUUGUUAAUGUAAACAAUAUGUAUUAUCAUUUUUAACACUUCCUCUCUUAGUUGUCGCGGAUUGGAUCCGCUCUUGUUGACUUCCAAUCAAACCUUAAACGGUCCCUCAAGCAAAAAUCGAAAAAAAAAUUGAACUUUCAUUGAAAUGUUGCUUGAAAGUGAUCGCACAUUAAUUUGUUGAUCUCUUAUCACGAAAGGCUUAUGGUGAAAUCCUAAAAGCUGUAUUUGUUUUGUUUUGUUUUUAGUUUAUAUGAAUGCAUCUUUUAUUCUAAUUUUUUUCAGACAGCUUACUGGACCUCGACCUUGGUGAAUACCUUUGGGAGGAAUACGAGUAGCACUCCCUUGUGUGGGGGAGCACAAAGGUUUCACAGCCAUUAAACAUGAUCCACAGGACACUUUUAUUUCAAAUCUUUCAUCCUUGUACGACAAACCACUUAUCGGUAAAAUUAUCACCUAUUUUAUCAAGUAUCUGGGACAAUCUUUGGAAUGUGUGAAUAAGGCACACAAUGACUCCAAGUGGUGAUUCCUUAUGUGGCCAGUUGGUGAAAAGAAGUUAUGUCACGGUAGUUGAGCAAUUUCCUACCACGCGUAACAUCACGCGGAUACCUCAACCCCAACUAUGAGAAGAAAAAUUGAUUGACACUUAAAUGAGAUAGUAAAGCACCAAUUAGAUUACUAUAAGCUAAAAUGAAAAAAGGAAUUUUAAGGAUGGAGAAGAUUAACUCGGAUUGCAUGCAAUGAGUUCGUAAAAUUGCUAGAUCCUUUUUCCACAAACCGUGACUUAGCUUGUUUUCGUAUUACAUUCGUUGAGCUUGGAGAUGAAAAAUUUAGGGUAUCUUGUAAUCCGAGCGACAAAAGAGUUACUGACUAAGCGUGCUCUUGAUUCAGUUCAAACUUCCACUUGUUAAAUUCGUUUCCAAUCGCACAA